AUGGAUGAAAAAGGUUUGGCUCCAAAAUUGAGUGCAGAUGAUGUUGAAAUAGGUGGCAAAGGGAAGGCAGCCUUUGUCAUUGAACCCACUGGUGACCAUUCAUUCACUUUAAAUGAGGAAGUGCUGGAGCGUGUUUUGCUUCAAAACCAUUGUAAAGACAAAUAUGUCUCAGUGGUGUCUGUUGCUGGGGCUUUCAGGAAGGGGAAGUCAUUUUUAUUGGACUUCUUCAUUCGAUACUUGAGGGCUCAGGGCUCUCCUGAUUGGCUUGGAGAUGGUGACUCUCCUCUCACAGGAUUCUCAUGGCGAGGAGGUGCAGAAAGAGAAACCACUGGGAUCCAUCUUUGGGAUGAAGUUUUCACUAUGAAGCUUCCUAAUGGUGAAGAGACCUGUAUUAUUCUGAUGGACACCCAAGGAGCCUUUGAUAGCCAAAGCACAGUGCGGGAUUGUGCAACAAUCUUUGCCCUCAGUACCAUGCUCAGCUCCAUACAAAUUUAUAACCUCACUCAAAACAUUCAGGAAGAUGAUCUGCAGCACCUUCAGCUGUUCACUGAGUAUGGUCGCUUGGCAUUGGAAGACUGUGGUGAGAGACCAUUUCAAAGGCUGCACUUCCUUGUCAGAGACUGGAGCUAUCCAUAUGAAGCUGCCUAUGGGAUUGAAGGAGGGAAAAAAAUUCUUGAUCGAAGGCUUCAGAUUUCAGACAAGCAGCAUGAAGAACUUCAGAAGCUGAGGAAGCACAUUUCAUCAUGCUUUUCCAAAAUUGAUUGUUUCUUGAUGCCUCACCCUGGUUUGAAAGUGGCCACUGAUCCAAACUUUUGUGGCUGCCUGACAGAUAUUGAUGAAGAGUUUCAAAGGCAGUUGAAGGAGUUGGUGCCAAUGCUUCUUUCUCCAAAGAAUAUGAUUCUUAAGGAAAUUGGAGGCAGGAAGAUCAAGUGCAAGGAGUUAUUGCAUUAUUUCAAGGCAUACAUUGAGAUCUAUAAGGGUGGUGAGCUCCCUGAACCAAAGACCAUGCUUGAGGCAACAGCAGAAGCCAACAAUUUGAGUGCAGUGAAUGCAGCUCGUGAGCUGUACAUGAGCUUGAUGGACUGUGUUUGUGGAGGAGAGCGCCCAUAUAUGAAUCAAGAACAGCUGACUAAUGAGCACCUCAGAAUUCGAGACCGUGCAAUUGAGACCUUCCAAAGCACAAGGAAGAUGGGUGGAGCUGAAUUUUCUGAGAUGUAUCAAGUCAUGUUGGAAAAGGAAGUGGACGAUAUGUUUGAAAAGUACAAGGCACACAAUGAAAGCAAGAAUAUUUUUAAGGCAGCUCGAACCCCAGCCAUCCUCUUUGUUGUGGCCAUGGUGAUGUACGUGUUCUCGACCGCGUUCAACCUCUUGGGGUUGAACAUGCUUCUUGCCAUGGCCAACACUGUGAUGGGAGUUGCUUUCAUUGCACUUGCUCUCUGGGCAUAUGCCAGGUAUUCUGGGGAGGCCAGGGAUGUUGGAAUAAUGGUGGACUCCACAGCAAAUGUCCUCUGGGACAAGGCUUUGAAGCCAGUGUACAAGAAAGUGGUGGACUCGGGGACAGAAAGAGCAGCAGUGUCAGCAAUCCAUCGGGGCAUCUCCAACGUUACAGCCAAUGCAGCUGCAAGCGCCUUGAAAGGUGAUAGGGUCAAACAGUCUUAGCUGCAUCAGUUUUUCAUCCCCCAGUGUGAUAUGCAAGAUUAAAUCCUCCAGGAAGUGCAGUUUGGUCUGUUUUCACAUGUACAAAUAUUCUGUUGUUUUUGGGGAAAUCUCCCUGUCGGCGAUGCCAUCACCGGAAAGGAUAAGUGAUACAUAUUCAUUGGGUAGCAUUUGCCAUUGCUGGUCAAUGUAAUGGCCAUUCAUCCUCCACUAGUCAGUCAUGAUUGCAUACCUGCAAUCAUGUUUCAUGCUCUAAAAAUUGCAUGAAAUGCUCUGAUUUUCUUCAUAUCCUGAGUGCCUUCUUCCAUUGGUCUUACAUGAGCUCUGAAAUUGAGGUCUUUGCAUCAGGUGGUUUUUCUAUUUCAAAUGCAAAUAAGGGGAAAGCUGCAAGAGAAAUGGGGGAGAUUUUGUCUUUCAAGAUGAUCUCCGAACAGUUCCCGGUCGGUAGUGCAGUAGGUUUGUUGGAUCCAUCUAGCCUUAGACAUUCCAUGCUAUUCGUUGUUGUUUGUCUCAAGUGAACUUAAAGUUAUGUGCUUAUGCAAGCAGUGUUUUAUUGCAGAUCUUAAAUGCAAGGGUCUUGAAACUCAAUUCAGGGAAUCUAGACAAACCAAAAAAGAGAAAUGCUAGGAAUCCCAUGACAGUAGGAGCGGGGAGUGCAAUGCGUAGACUGCCAGCCGUUGCUCAUCAUGCUGGGGAUGAAUUCCCAUUAAAGUGCAAAAUUUGCAAUUGUGCUGUUUCUCAUAUGCUUGAAAUCAACUACUCUAUGUAAAAUCAAUGCAAGUUUAUAGAAUUCUAGACUGCAUGAUGUGUUUUCGAAAAUGCAUUUGAAGUCUAACCUACAUGUGAGCUUCUCUUGCUACAGCUACUACUACUACUACUUAACUCAUGGGUCCUUGACUGAUAAGUUAAUCAUGCUUGAAAUACUGUUGUGCAGUGGUACUUUAUAUGAAGAAACAUUUUGGUAUAGGCCAACUGGUUUCAAUAUAUAAAAUAUUUGUUGCUUGUUCAGGGCUGCAUUCAUAAUUUCCUAUACUUUACUGUGCUUAUCAUGUUACACAUUGGUUUGGGCAUCUAGGGCUGGACAGUGCCAAAAUAAUAAUCUCUAUUGUUUAAGAAAAAAAGAAUGAAGUUUUUUUUUUUUUGACUACUUGUACUGAGUGUUCUGAGGAUAAAUUCUUGGAUUUUUAAUCUUCACACCACACCCUGUCUGGAUUCUGAUUUUGAUUUUGCAUGUAUGUGCUUUUUUCCUCUUUUAGCAAAGCCUGUUAGAAAAUUAUUGAUGGCCUUCUAUUCUAUGCAAGUGAUGUGAAAUUUAUGUCCCCUAAGAUGGUUUGACCUGCAGGGAAGUGUGAUAAUACCUUUGCAUUGCAUCUUCCCAUAACUAGUGCCAAUUCAGUCAAGCUGAGUAUUUUGCCCAUUCUGAGCGAAAGGGCGAAGUCUAGUCGCCAUAAGUCACUGGACACAGCUCCAUCCAUGAGAGAGGCAUGUUCGUCCGUCGAUUUCCCCUUGUGCUGAUCAUCUCUGUUCCACGAUGUUCCAGUGGUUGUCUGCCUUGUAAAUAGUCCUAAUUUUCAAAUGCAUGAGAAAUUCUGUGUGUACCCCAUUUUUAACCAUUAUGAGCUGUCUCAGAAUGCUCAUGCAAGACUAGAGUAUGAUCUGUGUGUACAUCAAGAAAUCAUAUAUUAGUGCAGAUUUUGAUAGAUGUCUUCACUCUCCCCUAGGCGUGCUCUUGUGAAAGUUUCCUCCUCGCCGAAACGUAAUGUUUUUGGUCUGUCUUUCAUGAUCCUUUACUUUCACCCUUUAUGUCCCUUUCAAGCCAUCUGGAAUGUUCUCGUUCUCUUGUGGUAUGGGAAUGAAAAUUGUCAAACAACUA